AUGUGUUCAAGGUGUAAUACAGUGGCCAAGCAAGCUAAUGCCAUCUUAGGCGAAGCUUUCCAGGAACAGAAUGGUGAUAAUUUCAUUGUACUGUGCCCUGGUCAGACCAUAUGUGGAGUGCAGUUCCGGAUGCCACAUUUUAGGAAGGACAUUGAUAAGCUGAAAAGUGACCAGGAUGCACUCCCCAGCCCUGGUGCCCAGCCCCCAGGGCGUGGGGGAGGGACUCGAGUGGGCAGCAGGAGCAACAGGCGUGGGAGCAACACCUGCGGACCCCUUCCCUCCCCCACCUCGUCCCUUUUAUCCCACUCCCAAUACCAAUUCCACGCCGGUUCCUCUUACCUUGGGCGCAGAAAGCCUCCGGCCCCUCCCGCGCCCAGGGCUCCCGGGGAAGCUGCAGCCCGGAGCCCGGAGCCCGGAGCCAGGGUCUGGCCGAGGCGGAGGGAGCCCCAGCGACUCUGCGCCGGGAGAGUGGAACGAUGGCUCGCGGUGCUCCUCGGCGAGGUGAAGUCCGCUCGCUGGCUCUCUCUUUGCGUCCGCCAGGCACUCCGUCCCUCCUCCUCCCCCGCCGCCUCUCCGCCCGGGGCUCGGCAGCGCGCCCGCCUUCCUCCUUCUUUCCUUCCUUCCCUCCCUCCCCGGCUGCCCGCCUCGCUUGCUCCUUCGCUCGCUGCCCCCGCCAAUCCCAGCGUCGCGGGAAGCCGAGACCAGCGGGCCACCGGCUGGAUGGAUAGGUCCCUCUCCCUGGGGGGAGGCGGCGGGGGCGCGAGGCGGGGCCAGGGGGAGGAGGGAAGCGGGGAGCAGGAGCAGUGGGGGGGGGGGUGGAUCUGGAGACGAAGACCGCAGACGGGCUUCUUGGUGCCCGGCGAGUCCGGGCAGGGCGAGCUGCCCCGGCCACAGGCCGGAGAGCUGGGCGCUGUCUUAGCCGCCGGCGAAUGGAGAGAGGCGGAGGAUUGCUAGCCCUAGCGGCCGGGAGGAGGCCCGGGGGCGAGGGUGUGCGAGGGGGAGUGACUCGGUGUGCGUGUGCGAGUGUGUGUGUCUGUGUAUGGGCGGGUGUGGUGCGCGCACGAGCGAAUGUGGGGGAGAGAGAGAGAGGAGAGAGAGAGAGAGAGAGAGAGAGAGAGAGAGAGAGAGAGAGAGCGAGAGAGCGAGCAAGAAGCGAGGCUGAGCCUUAGCCUUAGCCUUCUUUCCUUGUGCUUCUCCCUGGGGAGAAGGGACGCUCUCUUUUCUCACAGGGCAUGGCUGUUCCGCUAAUGGUCCGUUGUGAGAAAGCACAGUACGGUCCAUGUAAGCUUGUUCCGAAUCCCCCUUUUCACGUCCCAGACUCGAGAGUCCGAAGUCUGGACUUCAGAGACUGAUCAUCACCAUCACUAUUCCCGGUGCUUGCACCAACCUCCCCAUCCCCGGAGCCGGACCCUUACAUGCUGUCCCUCUACCCCUCCACCUUAGGCUCCGGAGCCCACGCCCUGAUGUUGAGAAGCUAGUGGAGAAUGUGGAGAGGCAUUACCAGACUGUCUA